CCCACUCUCACUCUUUCUUGCCCAUUAAUUCAUUCUAAAAUCUCUUCAAUGGCUCUUCAAGCUUUGAAUUCUCCAACGGCUUCCACUCAGGCCUUCAGCUAUGAAGACUCAUGGACCAAAAGAAAGCGAUCAAAGCGUCCCCGGAGUGAGUCUCCAGCUCCUACUGAGGAAGAGUACUUGGCUCUUUGUCUUAUCAUGCUUGCUCGUGGUGGAACCUCCACCACCUCCACUGCUGGAAACCCAUCUUGGUCGUCAUCUGAGCAACGGCCAGAGCGGUUACCGGAGCCUCCAAGUUUGAAACUUUCUUACAAGUGUACUGUAUGUAACAAGGGUUUUUCUUCUUACCAAGCUCUGGGUGGACACAAGGCUAGUCACCGCAAGAACUCCACUGAAACAUCAAUCUCCUCCUCCUCCUUCGCCACCGCUGCUGUUUCCAGUGAAGUCAACAAGGCCACUGCCUUCACAAGCGGCGGCAGUGGAAGGAGUCACGAGUGCUCAAUUUGCCACAGGACUUUUCCUUCUGGUCAAGCCUUGGGAGGUCACAAGCGUUGCCACUAUGAAGGCGGCAACAACAACAACAGCAAUCAUAUUAACGCCUCCUCCAUUGGUGCUACAGCCAGUGGUUCGUUUUCUGAGGGCGGUGGGUCAAACAGUCUACGGGGGUUUGACCUGAACUUGCCGGCCUUGCCGGAGUUCUGGUCCCAGGAAGUGGAGAGUCCCUUGGCGACAAAGAAACCCAAGUUCCUGAUGGAUCAAGAAACUGCAAGAUGUUAGACUUUGUUCUUAAGAAAGAUUGAUUGAAUUAUAAUUAUGGAUCGUCAUCUAUGAAAAAAGAUUAUUGAUUUUUGUUUGUUUAAA